AGCGAUAAACCUUAUUUGAAACUCAAGUGACAGGCAAUCACAAAUUUCAGAUCCACAUCCAGAGACAAGUACUUGUCUCUGCCACAUCAUUUGUAAUUUUGUGAAAGUCCACUUGCAACAUAUUUUAAGUAAUAUAUGUGCAAAAUGAAGCCCAGAAUAAAUAUUCUGGAUCUUCUAGUGCAGAGGCUCAAAACUCUACAAGAGCCUUGUUUUGGUAAACUAUAUGGUAUUUUCGCCAAAGACACUCAUUUUAUAUUAGGCCUACAGCUUGAUAAUGAAUCAGACGUGUCUAGUAGAUAUUCUUUACCAGCGGAAGUAGACUUUUGUGGGAUAUUUGAGGCCUAUUCAGGUACCAUUGAUAUUGAAAGAGCUCUGGGCAGGUGUUCUAAGGUGGAGGUCACAGACAAUCCCAUAUUUCUCUCAGUCAAGCUCAUAGUCGAAAAUGAUAUUCAGUGUAACAUUGUAUCCAACAAUAAAGUAGUUAGUUCGAGUAGCUCAAUAAUUUCAAUCCAAGACUUUUACUCUCAGUUUGUCCAUAUAAGACUACAGGGAGAGUUUCAAAUAAACACUGAGCAAAACGAGGAGAGUAUCAGCAAUAGCUUUACUGUGUUAAGGAAAUCUGUAGCAUCAGCGUUUGGAAUUUCAGGAAUAAUGGCUUUUACUCUAACAAAACAGAAUGUAAUGCUCGUUGCAAGCGACAGUGAAAACGGCAUCAUUGGUUUAACUGGAGAUCCAGCCUUUAGCGAGUUAUGUCAGGAUGAAAAUGGGGAAGGAGGACAGAAAAAGAAAAAAACUGAACACUUUUUAGGCUUGGAAAUAGUAGAUGCAAAUCUAAUGAAAAGAGUGACAAAAGAUCACACCAGCAAGGAGUUGAAUGGACAUUCACCUGUUGUAAUCAUUUGUAAAAAGCGAAUGGCUGUACUCAACAUUCCAAUAAAAAUUGAUUUCCUGGCCACAAUUAGUAGAGGUACUACGUUGUCAAGAAUAUAUGAUAUACUGCUGGAAUGUGCCAUCAAAAACAUAAAGUUAUAUGAGAGCGUUGUUCAAUAUUAUAUAAAAAAAAAUCCAAUCGAAGGAAAUCUACAGUUGCCAAAUACUCAACAUUUCUUUGCAAAAGAUUGCGGACAUUUCGUCACACGAAUAGUGUUUGCGGAAUCAGCAGAAGACUUAAGAAAAGAGAGGGAAUUGUUACAUGACAGUUUAUUGCUGAGCAAAAUUAUGCCGAUGUUUAGAAAGUCCAAUCAAUUUAACUUUUCGGAUUCAAAAAGUGGGCCUUUGAUCAAUGUUCAUGAAGGAUUGAAGCCAACAAAUAAUGCUGGCAAAUUAGCCCUAGUAAAAGGAAAUUAUGAAUACUAUCAUUAUUGCCAGAACAGAUUGGAUGAUAAUGGCUGGGGUUGCGCGUAUAGAUCACUGCAAACCUUAGCAUCUUGGUAUAAGUUGCAGGGUUACACCGAUCAAGAGGUGCCCACAUUCAAAGAGAUUCAAAAGUGCUUAGUUGAUGUGGGUGAUAAACCCAGAAGUUUUAUUGAUUCGAGACAGUGGAUAGGAUCCACUGAAGUUAGCUAUGUUUUAAACUCUCUACUAGGCAUAACUUCGAAGAUUCUUUAUGUAAGUACCGGGGAAGAUAUGGCUACUAAAGGACCAGAAUUAGUAAGUCAUUUCGAGACUCACGGAUCCCCUGUUAUGAUAGGUGGAGGUGUACUGGCGCAUACAAUUCUAGGCGUUGAUUAUAAUCAACAAACUGGGAACUUGAAGUUCCUCAUUCUAGAUCCUCAUUAUACUGGAGGUGAGGAUUUGAACAUUAUUCAAGGUAAAGGCUGGUGCGGUUGGAAAGGCGUUGAAUUCUGGAAUAAAACUGCCUAUUACAACAUGUGUUUGCCCUUGGUGCCUAGAGAAGUAUGAGAAACUUUUUUUUAUUGCCGUUUUGUAAGUCAACUGUAAUUUUCAAGUAAUAUCGGUAUAUCAAUUAUUUUAAGUAAAGCUGGUUUCAACUAAAUUAAAGGUAAUUUAAAAUUUUAUUUUUUUUGUAACAGUUUGGUGGUGUAAUACACAUUUCUAUCCAG